AUGACUGCAAUGAACAUUAAAGGGUUAAGUAGCCUUUUGAAGAAGAUUUUGUCCGGGUCUCCUCUGGUCCUGGAGGAUCGGUCUCCUCUGGUCCUGAGGGGUCGGUCUCCUCUGGUCCUGGAGGAUCGGUCUCCUCUGGUCCUGGAGGAUCGGUCUCCUCUGGUCCUGGAGGAUCGGUCUCCUCUGGUCCUGGAGGAUCGGUCUCCUCUGGUCCUGGAGGAUCGGUCUCCUCUGGUCCUGAAGGAUCGGUCUCCUCUGGUCCUGAAGGAUCGGUCUCCUCUGGUCCUGAAGGAUCGGUCUCCUCUGGUCCUGAAGGAUCGGUCUCCUCUGGUCCUGAAGGGUCGGUCUCCUCUGGUCCUGAAGGAUCGGUCUCCUCUGGUCCUGAAGGAUCGGUCUCCUCUGGUCCUGAAGGAUCGGUCUCCUCUGGUCCUGAGGGGUCGGUCUCCUCUGGUCCUGGAGGAUCGGUCUCCUCUGGUUCUGGAGGAUCGGUCUCCUCUGGUCCUGAGGGGUCGGUCUCCUCUGGUCCUGGAGGUCUUAAUGUUUUUACUCUUCCUCAUUAAUCCAAAGGAAAACUGUUCUGCCUCAAACAAAGUGGAUCCAGUGGUUUCUCUUUUCUGUCUCUCUGCUCUGGAAUUCUAA